GAGCAAACUGAGCGAUAUGACGCAUGUGGUGGAUUCCGGUGCUCCCAACCUUGAUGAGCAUCGCUCCACAGUGCUGCAAGUUCUGCAACCAAGUGUCGAGAGAGAAGCUUCAGAAUAUCAUCUAAGUUUGGAACAGCGUGAUACAAUUAGUUGAUGGUGCCCCACCCUAUUAGAUGAAUCAAGUAUCAUGGACAUUAACUUUUCAAAACUUUCGCAACCUUUUGAAGAUGUGCAUUGCAGAGAGACAGCUUUCAAUCGGCAAGUCUCUCCAUGCCCAAUACAUCAAGUCCCUCAUUCCAUCUUCAACAUAUAUAUCCAACCAUUUCAUUCUCCUUUACUCCAAAUGUGGUAAACUCUGCUCUGCUCGGCAUGUUUUUGAUUGCACCCAUUACCCCAAUGUUUUCUCUUUCAAUGCUAUUAUCUCAGCAUAUGCCAAAGAAUCCUAUGUUCCUAUUGCCCACCAGUUGUUUGAUCAAAACCCCCAGCCUGAUCUUGUAUCUUAUAACACUCUUAUUUCUGCUUAUGCCAAUCGUGGCGACACAGAGCCUGCACUUCGCUUGUUUGAUGGUAUGCGACACAUGGGACACGACUUGGAUGGAUUCACCCUCUCUGCUGUCAUCACGGCUUCUAGCAAUGACGUUCAUUUGAUUAAGCAGUUGCAUUCUUUUGCAAUAUUGAGCGGCCUUGAUUCUUAUGCUUCUGUCAACAAUGUGCUUGUCACAUAUUAUAGUAAGAAUGGAUUUUUAGAUGAUGCAAAGCGGUUGUUUUAUGGAAUGGGUGAAAUCAGAGAUGAGGUGUCUUGGAAUUCAAUGAUUGUGGCAUUUGGGCAGCACCGGGAAGGGUACAAUGCACUGGCUCUGUUUCAGGAUAUGAUUCACCUAGGAUUGAAUGCUGACAUGUUCACUUUGGCAAGUGUUUUGACUGCCUUUACAUGUUUGGAGGAUUCAUUAGGAGGGCGCCAGUUUCAUGCCAAGUUAAUUAAGAGUGGGUUUAACGAGAAUGCUCAUGUUGGGAGUGGACUAAUUGAUUUCUACUCCAAGUGCGGGGGAUGCAUGUCAGAUUGCAGGAAAGUUUUUGAAGAAAUUCUUGCUCCAGAUUUAGUUCUCUGGAACACAAUGAUUUCUGGAUUUUCCCUGAAUGAGAACUUGUCUGAAGAUGCUCUUGCUUGCUUCCGGCAGAUGCAGCGUAUUGGUUUUCGCCCAGAUGACUGCAGUCUUGUCUGUGCAAUUAGUGCAUGCUCUAGUUUAUCAUGUCCCUCUCAUGGAAAACAGAUUCACGCUUUGUCAAUAAAAUCUGACAUCCCUACUAAUCGUAUUUCAGUAAAUAAUGCUCUUGUUGCAAUGUACUCUAAAUGUGGGAAUCUUCAAGACGCAAGAAGGUUAUUUGAUAGGAUGCCAGAACAUAAUGCAGUAUCUGUAAAUUCAAUGAUAGCAGGUUAUGCACAACACGGUGUCGAGGUAGAAUCACUGCAUCUUUUUGAAUUGAUGCUGCAAAAGAAUAUUGCCCCUACUAACAUAACCUUCAUAUCCAUUCUUUCUGCAUGUGCGCACACUGGAAAAGUUGAGGAAGGUAAAAAAUAUUUUAAUAUGAUGAAGGAAAAGUUUGGGAUUGAACCAGAAGCAGAGCAUUUUUCCUGCAUGAUAGAUCUUCUAGGUCGAGCUGGAAAACUAACUGAAGCUGAGAGGAUUAUGGACACAAUGCCUUUUAAUCCUGGUUCCGUUGAAUGGGGUACUUUACUAGGUGCCUGUAGAAAGCAUGGAAACAUGGAAUUAGCAGUAAAAGCAGCCAAUCAAUUCCUCCAGCUGGACCCUAGUAAUGCUACCCCAUAUGUCAUGCUUUCAAAUAUGUAUGCUAGUGCAGGCAGAUGGGAAGAGGCUGCAAGUAUUAAAAGGUUGAUGCGGGAUAGAGGUGUGAAAAAGAAACCAGGCUGUAGUUGGAUUGAGCUGGAUAAGAGGGUGCAUGUGUUUGUGGCUGAAGACACCUCACAUCCAAAGAUAAGGGAGAUUCAUGAUUAUUUGGCUGAGAUAUUAAAGAAGAUAAAGAGAGCAGGCUAUGUACCAGAGGUGAGAUGGGCAUUGGUGAAAGAUGAAGAGAAUGGGGUAGAAGAGAAAGAAAGAAGGUUGAUGUAUCACAGCGAGAAGCUGGCAGUCGCAUUUGGGCUAAUUGCAACCAGAGAAGGGACUCCAAUACUUGUUGUGAAGAAUUUGAGAAUUUGUGGUGAUUGCCACAACGCCAUCAAAUUUAUUUCUGCUGUUACCCAUAGAGAAAUCACUGUUAGAGAUGCUUACAGGUUUCAUUGCUUUACAGAAGGACGGUGUUCUUGUGGGGAUUAUUGGUGAUAACUGAAAAUGCUUUUCUUUUCCUUUUUACCGCCAGAACAAAGAAUGCUACCUCAGAGUGAACAGAAGCACUUGGCUGUAUGCUAAACCCCAAUAUGACAGACUCUACCUUACAUCAGAACUGCUUUGGAAAUAUGUAUUAGAUGUUAAACAGAAUUCAAGUGGAUGCACAGCCUCCCACUAAAACUGUUGGUUGUCUUGUCAAAAUGGAAGAUGCAUCCCAAUCUUGACUGCAAGUCUUGUGGAAACUGGGCUUAACAAUCCCAUGACUUUAGAAAAAGUGCAAGAGAUCAAACCAAGCAUGAUUGACUUGUUUAAUGCUAAUAUG